CUGCGGAAGCGGAAACCGUCGCGUCGUGUCGUCUCCUCGAAGAUUCCUGAAAAUCUGCUCAUGCUGUAGGAUCUGGUUUCUGACACCCUGAGACAAACCAGCGGAGUCAGGAGAAAGGGAGAACCAGCAGGAUGAACGCUCACUGAGCCUGCAGCUGCACAGAAGCAACCGAAAACCGAAGAACACCUUUUACACAAGAUCGCGGUGGUUUGAUUACCCACCUCUCCCCUGGACAUCAUGACGUCCUCUAUGCUCCGUCGACAGCUGAAGAACCUGGUCCAGAACUACUCUGAGGCUGAGGUCAAGGUCAGAGAGGCGACAUCCAAUGACCCGUGGGGCCCAUCCAGCUCUCAGAUGGCCGACAUUUCUGACCUAACAUACAAUGUCGUGGCCUGCAACGAGAUCAUGACGAUGCUCUGGAAACGUCUGAAAGACGACAAGAACUGGCGACACAUCCACAAGUCCCUGACCCUCCUGGAGUACCUGCUGAAGACUGGUGAUGAUCGCGUGCUUCUGAAAAUGAAAGACAACAUCUACAUCGUUAAAGCUCUCACAGAGUACCGCUUUGUAGAAAAGGAUGGCAAAGAUCAGGGUGUAAAUGUGAGAGAGAAGGCCAAGGUUGUCCUUGUUCUUAUGGAGGAUGAUGAGAAACUAAAGGAAGAGAGAGAUUUUGCUGUCAAGACUAGAGAAAAGACCUCUAAAAGUGCAGCUGCUUCAUCAUCGGACAAUGUCAAGGAUCCAAACUACAAGCCGUGUUAUGUUCCUGGGGCCACAGGGCUUCCUUCUUUGGACAACAUUCCCUCUGUGGCUGACUUAGCUGCUUCCUUCGCCGCCCGCAAAGAAGAGCGUAUUAAACAAGAAACUGAGAAGAAAGAAGCUGACAGAAGAGCCAAGAUGAGUGAAGAAGAACUGAAAUGGGAGGAUGCUGGUAAAGGCGCUGAUGUUAAAACUGAUGUUUGGGGAGAAGAGGAAGAAGAGGAAGUGAAAACAGACCCAUGGGGAGCCCCAAAAGAACCUAAAGAAGCCACAGAUCCAUGGGGCACCCCUUCAAGACCUGACACAACUGAAACAGCAGUUAGCAGUGACCCUUGGGGGGCUCCAGCAAAAACCGAUAAAGAUCCAUUUGUAGCAGAAAAAACUGAAGAUCCUUUUGCAGCACCAAAAAAUGGGGAAGCUCCUUUUGCAACACCAGAAAAUGGGGAAGAUCCCUUUAAUGCAUCAAAAGAUGACCCUUUCAACACCCCAAAGGACACUUCAGACCCUUUCAGUGCACCCAAAGACACGAAGGACACAUUUGCUGCCCCAAAAGACAAACCAGAUCCCUUCAGUUCUUCGAACAGUGAUCCGUUUAAUGCCCCAAAAGAUGAUCCGUUUAAUGCCCCAAAAGAUGAUCCGUUUAAUGCCCCAAAAGAUGAUCCGUUUAAUGCCCCAAAAGAUGAUCCGUUUAAUGCCCCAAAAGAUGAUCCGUUUAAUGCCCCAAAAGAUGAUCCGUUUAAUGCUCCAAAAGAUGAUCCGUUUAAUGCCCCAAAGGACGAUGCCUUCCAAGCUCCAAAAGAUGACCCAUUUAUUACCCCAAAAGAAGAUCCUUUUAGCACUCCAAAAGACAAUCCAUUUAAUGCACCUAAAGACGAUCCAUUUAAUGCACCUAAAGAUGAUCCAUUUAGUGCUCCAACAUUAACAUCCCCUAAAGAGGACCCAUUUGCAGAACCACCAUCAGGGAAAGAUGACCCUUUCUCUGCUCCCACAACACCACCUAUAGAAGAUCCUUUCUCAGCACCAACCAAACCUGCUCAAGACCCUUUUGCUAUACCAACAACACCACCCAAAGAGGAUCCUUUCUGUGCACCAUCUUUGCCCGCAAAAGACGACCCCUUUGCUGCCCCAGGAUCUCCACCUCAAGAGGAUCCAUUCACCACAACAUCGAAACCUACAAAGGAAGAUCCCUUCGCUGCACCAACAACACCACCUAAACAGGAUCCAUUUGCAGCAUCACCCAGUCCGCCAAACGUUGAUGCCUCAGAUCCCUUCAGUGCCCCUCCAGUGAGCUUGCCUCAAGGUAACGCAGAUGCGUGGGGAGCCCCAGCCACUUCUCCACCAGCUGCUGGGUCAGAUCCCUGGGGGGAUGGAGCAAGUGCUUCUUCACCCAUGAAUAAUUCUGACCCAUUUGGAGAUGCAUCCCAAGUAGACAAUGACCCAUGGGGAGCUCCAGCUCCUGUUAGUACCGAUGAUGCAUGGGGUGCACCUGCUCCUCCUUCAGACUCCUCCCCAUCUAGUGACCCCUUUGGAGAUGGAGCAUCUAAAUCCAAUGAUCCCUGGGGUGCAUCAAGCAGCACAAGUGGCAAUGGCAAAGAAAACACCUUUUAGAGUAGAACUGGACCUUUAUUUUAUUGCAGGAAAGCACUCGAAGCAGGAAGAGGACAUGCAUAGAAAGACUGCUUCCUUCUUGGGCUCGGCGGGGGCGUCGCUGGUUGACUUGGACGAUCUGUUUUCUUCUAACCCCAAACCCAGACAGCACCCCCCCAUCAACACCCAAACUCAAGCCAUUGGUAAGGAUAGAAAAACUUACACGUCACUCUGGGUGAAAAGUAACUUUUCAAACAAAUUCUUUAUGUGGAAAUAUUUGUGGUGCACUUGACUCAAGCGGAUGCAUGAUCAACCUGGAAGACCGGACAAAUCCGAGUUACUGAACAUUAGUCACUCCCUGCUGAUGUUUCGAAUGCAUUCCACUUCUGUUCAGCUGAAGUCCUUCAAAGAUAAGAUGAGAGAGGGGUGGUGACUAAUAUUUAUCAGUAGGUUUGUAUGGAAAAGCUUAUUGUGAUCUCGUGUUUUGCCUCUCCUUUCUUCCCCUGUGGUCCUGUUGUAGUGUGUAGAUGUUGUGCUGUAUGUUUGUGUGUGUGUGAGCAUUAGUGACUAGUGUACAUUAACCAGCAGAUGUAUAACUCCUCUCACGCCUCUCUCUACUCUGCCUUGGUGCAUUCUCUCUUUGCUGGAAUACUUCAAACUGUGCAUCCCUCCCUCCAUCCUCCCCAUCAUCCCUCCAUCCUCCCCCUCAUCCCUCCAUCCUCCCCCUCAUCCCUCCAUCCUCCUGUCACUCUCCCUG